UUUUUAAUCAUUGACAGUGGUUUAUUUUUGGAACCAUCUUAUAAAACAAAAAACAAAACAAAAAUGUUAAAACGUCAGUCAGGCUGAUUCAUGGCCACGAACUGGACAAAAAAAAUAAUGAAAUCAGUUAUGAUAUCGUUUUUCUUAUUGGAUGAAUUCUCUCUUUCCAUUUCCUAGGGUGCUAGUGACAAGGGUAAUAAGAUCGGUAAGGGCAUUUUCUUGUUGGGUGAGGUCUCUCUUUCCACCGCCGAGGAUGUUGGUUACAAGGGUAAUAAGAUCGGUAAGGCCAUUGUCUAGUUCUCUCUUUCCACCGCCAAGGAUGCCAGUGAUAAGGGUAAUAAGAUCGGUAAGGCCAUUGUCUAGUUCUCUCUUUCCACCGCCAAGGAUGCCAGUGAUAAGGGUAAUAAGAUCGGUAAGGCCAUUGUCUAGUUCUCUCUUUCCACCGCCAAGGAUGCCAGUGAUAAGGGUAAUAAGAUCGGUAAGGCCAUUGUCUAGUUCUCUCUUUCCACCGCCAAGGAUGCCAGUGAUAAGGGUAAUAAGAUCGGUAAGGCCAUUAUCUUGUUCUCUCUUUCCACCGCCAAGGAUGCCAGUGAUAAGGGUAAUAAGAUCGGUAAGGUCAUUAUCUUGUUCUCUCUUUCCACCGCCAAGGAUGCCAGUGACAAGGGUAAUUAGAUCGGUAAGGCCAUUAUCUUGUUCUCUCUUUCCACCGCCAAGGAUGCCAGUGAUAAGGGUAAUAAGAUCAGUGAGGCCAUUAUCCUGUUCUCUCUUUCCAUCCCCAAGGAUGCCAGUGAUAAGGGUAAUUAGAUCGGUAAGGCCAUUAUCCUGUUCUCUCUUUCCACCGCCAAGGAUGCCAGUGACAAGGGUAAUAAGAUCGGUAAGGCCAUUAUCCUGUUCUCUCUUUCCGCCACCAAGUAUGCCAGUGAUAAGGGUAAUUAGAUCGGUAAGGCCAUUAUCUAGUUCUCUCUUUCCAUUGCCUAGGAUGCUUGUGACAAGAGUAAUAAGAUCGGUAAGUCCAUUAUCUUAUUCUCUCUUUCCACUGCCUAGGAUGCUAGUAACAAGGGUAAUCAGAUCGGUAAGGCCAUUAUCUAGUUCUCUCUUUCCACUGCCUAGGAUGCCAGUGACAAGGGUAAUAAGAUCAGUUAGGGCAUUUUCUUGUUGGGUGAGGUCUCUCUUUCCACUGCCUAAGAUGCCAGUGACAAGGGUAAUAAGAUCAGUUAGGGCAUUUUCUUGUUGAAUGAGGUCUCUUUUUCCACUUCCUAUGAUGUUGGUGACAAGGUUAAUAAGAUCGGUAAGGCCAUUGUCUAGUUCUCUCUUUCCACUGCCUAGAAGGCCAGUAACAAGGGUAAUAAGAUCGGUCAGGGCAUUCUCUUGCUGUGCGAGGUCUCUCUUUCCACUGCCUAAGAUGCUAGUGACAAGGGUAAUAAGAUCGGUAAGGCCAUUAUCUAGGUCUCUCUUUCCACUGCCCAGAAGGCCAGUAACAAGGGUAAUAAGAUCGGUCAGAGCAUUCUCUUGCUGCGCCAGGUCUCUCUUUCCACUGCCUAGGAUGCCAGUGACAAGGGUAAUAAGAUCGGUAAGGGCAUUAUCUUGGAGGUCAACAAUUUGAGUUUGUGGAAUCUGUAGACAAAUAAAAGAAUACAUUUACUCCAUUCAGAUUUUUUGGGGAGGUGUGGGUGCAAAAUCUAACAUUUUUGUUUGCCUUCAUAAGGAAUUAUUUUUACCUACCCCUUUUUGGGUGUUGUAAUAGAGGUACAAAACAGGUUUUAAAAAAAAAUCCAUUUGUUGCCUUGGUAACCAGUAGAAACAAUCGCAAUUUAUAUAUUUAUAAAGCGUUUUUAAAAAACACUUAUGCUUUUACAAAUAUUAAGUUGUUGCCAUCAUGUUUUAAGCUUAUACUAUUUAACCUAUUAUAAAACUUUGAAUAACAGGACUUUUUGAUGUAAUGACUAGUUCUAAAUCAACAUGGUCACAAAAUGUGACUCAUUUUUUUUUUUUCUGUGCAAAAAAUAGCGGUCUGGGUGAACUUUUUAAAAUAUUUUCUUUUCUAAGAUAGUUAUCUUAAUUGAAGGUGAUUCAAUUUUUUUACUAUUGAUCAUUGAACUUACUGGGAAAAUUUGGGAAGGCUUGGAUAAUACAUAAAAAGGCAAUAGUUAUAAAGAUAUUGGUGACCAAAACUGUUGAAAAAAGGACAAAUGAAAUAAAGAAGAAAAACUACAAAAACAAUGAAAUUAUCAAUGAAAAAUAGUAUGUCAGAAAAAUACAAAUCUUUUCUAGAAAUGGCCGGCGAUUGAAAGGUUCGGUUACAUUCGUCAUUUUCUUGAUGAUGAAAAGCUAUAUUUAUCCUGACCCGGAAAUCCCCAUCUUUACAAUCAUACCAAAUAUUUUGGGAUUGGGCGAUUCCAAAUAAUCAUAACAAAAGGGGUUAAAAAAAAACAACAACACAAUGGGGCAUGGACGCCCACAGAAAACUUUCUAGGGGGGGGCAAAAAAUCGAUUAACUUUCUAGGGGGAGGGCAACAAUUUUUUAGCAAUGUUUUAGUGUAGUUUUAAUUUACUGUAGCGUAUUUGUAUGGUGAACGAACGGACAGGACAUCAGCUUAGUUACUUUCUCUUUAUUUUCUCUUUCCUUUAAUACAUUUUUUGUCUAUUUUGUAUAAAAAAAAAUUAUCCAAUCAAUCCAGGGGGGGGCAAGUGCCCCCCUUGCCCCUCUGCGGGCGCCCAUGCAAUGGGGCAGUUUUGACAUUUUUGCAGCUUGAUAGGGCCUGGAAAAUGCUUAAUAUUCAUGUCAAGAAUUGAUCUUCUUUUUUUCUCCUUUAAAAUAAAACAUAAACUUUUAAAUUUAACCUUUAAAUGAAAUUAAAUAUGAGGGGAAAAUUGAUAAAAAUAGAAUAUGGUCAACCAUUCAAAAUAAUUAAUACUGAAAAGCAAGACACUUAACCAUUCAAAAUAAUUAACAUUUAAAAGCAGAGGAAAAGUUGUGCUACUUAGCGAUACCUCGUAGUACAACAACAUGUGAGUCUUCUGGAAAGUCUAAUCCUAUCUCACGUCAUACCACAGACCCCCCCUCCCUCCCCACCCCUCGCACACACAGACACACGCGCACAAAACCAUUCCCCCACAAACGGACCGCCUGCGUGCGUGUACUCACCCCAAUGUGAACAAGGGGCAAUGCCGAGAUGGAGCCGACGAUGAGCAAGAUGAGAAAUGUUGGCGCAAUCAUCCUUAGUCACUUGUAUUGCU